AUGAAAACAUUACCAGAAGAGAAGGAACUUGCUAAAUAUCUUGUAGAUGUCUGCGAUGAUACGUUUAAUGAUAACGAUGAUAAUAUUUUAGCUACAAAAGAAUGUAUUUCUUCAAGAACGGAUGAUAUAGUCGAACAAAUAUUUAAAGAUUUGACUCUUAAACGUAAAUAUGAUGAACUUAUGAAGGCGGCUGUGCUGUCAGGUCGAAAUGUUGAUGUUGAUGAAAUAAAUUGCAGGGUUGUUGUAUUACUUGAUAAAGAUUCAGAAAAAGUGUAUACUGGUAUGGAUUGUACAGAAAACUGCGAUAAUGGAACUAUAAUUGAUGUUAUAUUGCCUGAAUAUUUGAAUUAUUUGAAUCCACCCAACGUUCCACCAUAUGAAUUGAAGUUAAGGAAUAAUUGUAUUGCAAUGUUACUGUCUAAAUUUUUCCCAAGGUCUUUGCAAUGGCACGAGACUUCAAAAAUUACAAUUGGCAAAUAA